UUCAAAUUCAUAACAACAAUGCAAAGACAACAUGCAAGAACACAGCAAGGGGGAAGCAAGGUUUCAUGGUGUCUCUGAUGUCAGAUAAUACUGGUCUAUCUGUCUAGUUAUCCCUACAGCAGGGGUCUCUGAGUAAACUCCUCUAUUGCUGUUCCAGAGACAUACCAGGACUCUUUCCAGGGAUGUCCUCUUUACGUUUGGACACAGAUUUCAAUGUUACAUUCACUGCGCUGGACCAAGAUGAAGUUGAAUCCAGUCACUCACCUGAACCUUCAACCCAGGCCAGGAGGCAGUCAUGUGGGCAUAUGAAGCUUUCUCACAGCCUGUCCAAGUCAGACUCUCCAAGUCAGAUAGCCUGUGAAGAGGAUGUAGCUCUGGCUGAAAGGACCAAAUCACUGGCCAAGUGCAGGAUGAAGAGGACAGAAUUGGAUCAGCUGUCCUCACUCAUCACUGAUUGGGAAGAGACUGAGAUCAUGACAUUAACUGACAACGGCAUUGACCUCUCCAAGAAACACCAACUAGCAGCAGAUGCUGCAGGAAGCCGGGUGCUAGAGCAGUCGGUGGGGGAGUGGCUGGAACACGUGGGCUUUCCUCAGUAUGAGAGUAAGCUGCUACUAAAUGGAUUUGAUGACCUGCGCUUCAUGGGCAGUAAUGUAAUGGAAGAUGAAGACCUUAGAGAAAUUGGCAUCACAGACCCAGGUCAUAGGAAGAAAAUUCUUCAUGCAGCAAAGGGUCUACCAAAGGUGAAAGCUCUGGGUUGUGAUGGAAGUACCUCACUGGCCUCUUGGCUGGACAAUCUAGGUCUUGGAGAGUAUCUCCACAACUUUCUAUCCAGUGGCUAUCGUACUCUUGAGUGUGUGAAGAAUCUGUGGGAGCUGGAGAUUGUUAAUGUGUUAAAAAUUGGCCUGCUUGGCCACAGAAAAAGAAUAAUCGCUUCCAUUGUAGAGCGGCCCUAUGAGGAAGCACCUUCAAAGUCCAACCACUUCUCCCAGUUUAAGAUUCAAGACCUUUUAUCUCAGAACCCAGCGCCUCUUGGCUACAUGGACCCUUAUACAAGUCGCUCCAUGGACACGCUACUGCCACUGGGGGAUUAUGGAAGGAGAAGCAGAGGGCUGGAUCAAGAGUGCAGUGUCUCACUCCGCUCCUACAGUGAGAGGCCACGCUCACAUGACCGGAAUACAGAUCGACACAAGGAAUCCCGGCGGACCCCAAGCCAGUCUGCUACGUACACCACUGUCUCCACAUGGCACCACCAUCCUGAGAAGCUCAUCACAGAGGCUUGUUGCUAUGAAGCUAGUUAUCUUGGAUCUGUGAUAAUCAGAGACCUCCGAGGUAUUGAAUCUACACAGGAAGCCUGUGCAAGAAUAAGGAAAUCGAAGGACCACCGGAAAGGCCCUGUCAUAAUUCUCUCUAUAACCUAUAGAGGAGUCAAGUUCAUUGAUGCAGCAUCUAAGGCUAUUGUGGCAGAGCAUGAGAUCCAGAACAUCUCCUGUGCGGCUCAGGAUCCUGAUGAACUUCGUACUUUUGCAUACAUUACAAAAGACCUAAAGUCGGGGCACCACUUCUGCCAUGUUUUCACUACAGUUGAAGUGACACAAACCUAUGAGAUCAUCUUGACUCUGGGACAGGCAUUUGAAGUAGCCUAUCAGGUGGCUCUUCAGGCACAGAAGGCCAGACGUCACAGUUCCUACAGUGGGGCGAACUUGGAGAUCAUUGAAACCAAGAGCAGCAGGCCAGUCUCGUCUCGCAACAGCAUGCGCCGUUCAAUGGGUGCCCCUGUGCCUGAAUGCCGCUGCUGCUAUUGUCACACCUGUUCUGCCUACCGCCCCUCCUACCUCCCGCUGCCCUGUGUCAGCCCUGGAGUUCAGAUGGAGCCUAUCGAGCAGGUGACAGAUGUGCAGUCCUUGGGCAGCAGCUGGCACUUUGACCCUCGUGACCCCUCCAGGCCGGCCUGCAGUGCCAAGUAUGAGACCACCAUAUUCUGAAGUGGGGACAACAGUCCUAGCCAGCUGCCCGGUUAAGCCACUUGCCCCCUGAGAGAACUGUAGUGCCCUGUGCCUUCUCACUGUGAAUUGUAGCCUCCCUCAGGGCAAGAUCUGCUCCCUGCUCUCUUUCUCUCUCGCUACCUUCGUCCCUCCCUACAACUCACCUGUGUAGUCUUCUUGGAGAGCCUUCUGCCAUCUUCUCCAUUUUGACUUUCUGUCUAGAUUUCCUGGACACUACCCUCCUUCAAAAUUCCUGUCUCAAUCUGAUAGUCUGUGCAGUCCUGACUUUUCAAACACUUUUUUUUGUAUCACAAUGCUGAAUGUUCGUAGUCCUGUCAUAUGAAAGGAUUUUGCCUCUGUGAUGCCUCUGAGCACAAGCUGAAGUGUAGCUGUUUAACAAGACUUAUCAUUUAAUUGAGAAAGCUGUACCAUUGAGAUAUUUCUGCUUUUUGACAGACAUGAACCAAGCAAAGUUAGUAACACAAAAUUUCUGUUUGGAACAGCAAUACUGUGAGUGCCAAUGUCAAACAUAAUUUCAAAUAUACAGUUCAUCACCACUGUAGAUGCAAAUGUGUAACAAAUUCCUCAUAUUCUGCACCCAAGCACUAUAUCUGGUCCCGCCUCCACUGCUGAUUAUUUCUAGCUUGCCCCAUAUUUCUGUUGCACUUAUUUCUACACAAGUGCACAGUUCACUGUUCACACCCAGUGCUUCCUCUCAUCUACCUUCCUUUGUCCUGCUGGAAAACAUGCCAACACACGUUCAGUACUGGUUUUGCAUAAAACACAGCUUGGGAUUUGCAAUAAUAAAGAUGGAAACAGGUCAGAGGCCUGAUAAAGUUCAAAUGCACAACACAAAUAUGAGGCCCAAUUCCCCAGUUAUGUUUCUUUCUUUCUUUUUUUUAAUAUAUAUGUAAAUCAUGAUGAUGAUGUUGGUUGCAUUAAUAAUCAUUGUUCUUCCUCCUUCCUUUUAGCAUAUAUGUGGCACUACCAGGGCUAUGACUAAGUGUGAUAAAUUGCAGCAUGAAUCUGAAUGACUUACGGUUUGAAUCCCUAAGCAGUUUUGUAUUUGUAUUCGUACACUGUAACAUCACUUAGUAAA